AUGCAAUCAAACUUGACUCCAUCCUCUGGUCAAGAUUCAACUACCAAUUCUCAAUCAACUAGAAGUAAGAUCGAUCCUGCAUGGGAGCAUGUUUCUGAAGAAAGAUAUGCAAAUGGAAGGAAAGCUCUUAUUUGUUUGUAUUGUAAAAAGAUUACAAAAGGUGGGGGUAUUCAUAGAAUGAAACAACACCUUGCUGGAGUGAAAGGAGAUAUUGGUCCAUGUAAAUCGGUUCCUCCUGAUGUAAAAUUUCGAAUGGAAAAUUCUUUGCAAGAGUUUGUGAAUUCUAAGAAAGCAGCCCAAGAAGCAUAUGAAUGUAGAAAUCCUUAUGGUCCUAAUGUGUCACAAUUUGAAGGGGAUGGGGCAGAAGGUGAAGAAGAGGUUCAACAAAUGCAAAGUCCUAUGGCAGCUAAUAGUGGAAAAAGGAAAAAAUCAACAGUGGAUAAGUAUUUUGCACCAAGAAAUACUCAAGGAGCUCAACCUUCCAUGAGGAGUGUACUAGCUGGGAAAGAAGCUAUUUGGAGAGCAGAUAUGGCGGUUGGGAGAUUCUUUUAUGAUGGUCCAAAUUACCAUCAACUACGGGUUAAUCUUUUAAAGGAUGCCAAGAAGGAAGUUCAGUUACUUGUGGACUCUUAUCGUGAAAUUUGGGCAAAAGUUGGGUGUACAAUAAUGGAUGAUGGUUGGACAGAUAAUAGACAAAGAACACUCAUCAACUUCCUUGUGUAUUAUCCUGAAGGAAUAUCAUUUGUGAAAUCCAUUGAUGCUUCAGACAUUGUCAAGGAUGCAACUAAUUUGUUUCAGUUAUUUGAUGAGGUGAUUGAAUGGGUUGGUCCACUCAAUGUAGUUCAUAUAGUCACUGAUAAUGCAGCAAAUUAUGUGGUCGCGGGGAGAUUGAUUUCUCAGAAGCAUAAACACAUUAAUUAG